AUGCACGAAACAGAAGACGUGCUGAGACAACGUCAUCCGGCGGAGGCGUCGCCGUCGAAGGCCGCCGCGGAACGUCUUCUGAAGCCGAAAAUCGAAGACGUGCGGCCGACGAGCGACGAGAGCGACAUGGAGGCCAUCCUUCACGACGAGGACAGGUAGAACAUGUUUGGAAACGAAGGGAUUAUAGUAACUUCAGAAAAAUAAACAGUAUUUUAGUGAGCUAUUGAGUUAAGCUUUUAAAAAUAAGCCAGUUUUGUGAUUAUUCAAUUUUGAACCAUGAUAAAAAAAGGAUAAAUUCAAAAUAAAUUUAUAUAGCUGAUUCACGGUUAACUUACGCCAUCAAAAAAGGGUCUUGACACGAUUUAAAAAAAGGAGACAGUGUCUGGUUAGAGAGUGCGCAGACAGGCCAGUCUUCCUAGCUCGCCGUGAAUCAGCUAUAUCACCAACUUCCAUAUAGAAAACGAAGGAGAAUUUCAAAUUCUAUCUUUGAAAAGAAAUAUGUUUUGAUAAACACAGUGCGAAUUUCAUAGAGGCCAACUGAAUAAAGUGGUAAUUUUCCUAAUUUGGUGCUCUAAUAAUUCCUGAAAGCUGAUGAGAAAAAGUCUGUUCUUCAUACUUUUCCGUCUUUUUCGAAGUUUUUCAUCACUUUAUAAAACUUUUUAGCGACGCCGGGCUCAAGAAAAAAGAAGAGUAAGUUUGUCAGUGUGUUGUACAUGUGUUCUGUUCAGCAUGUCAAAAAAAAUGUUCUGAUUUAGUAAUGGAUUAUUAUCUUUCCUUGUAGUCUUUUUUUAGAAAAUGCACUUCGAUUAAACAUUCACUCAAUUUAUGAAUAGGCUAUCAUGCACAUUUUUAGUUAUUAUUACAUAGGUAAAACGGAAAGUUUCUUCUGGGGACCCUCAAAAAGAGCUGAAAAAGUUUCGCUGAAAGCUUGAAAUUAUGGGAAACGCCCUUUGAGCUUUUUUUUUUCAUAGCCUCAGAAUCACUUGAAAUCUUUGGAGUUGUUCUUUUCGUUAAGGGAUGUGAAAAAUAUUAAAAAUGACAAAAUUACUCUUGGGAACUCUUAGAAGCUCUUUUUUGAAAGAACCUUUCAAGAAGCCUUUCCGUUUUUUUCCUGACCCUACUGAAAAAUAGCACAAUAAAUGUGUUUUUCAAUUUUUUUUUGUUUUUCAGAAUGGAACGCUACACGAAAAGUAUUCCUCAAGACAAAGGAAGCCUUGGCGAAUUCGCCGAUUCGUUUCUGGAAUCGCUGCCUCCUAGGUGAGAUCCAUAGCAAGAGAAAAAAAUAUUUGAAUAUUUUUUUCGCAUUGUAUGGGAUUACUGUUUCUUGAAAACUAUUGAUUCCAAAAUAAUAAGCGGUGGUACUGAGAGACGAGUAGUCCAAGGGUUAUUGAAAGAUUUCUAUCAAAGUCGAAAUUAUUCAGUUUUUGAGAUCAGAAGCAAUUUUUAAUGUUCAUUUUUCCUUUUAAUUUUUAAUGUAAAAAAAGAAAAAAAUAUUGGUUUAAAAAAAAAGUUUAAAGAUAGAAAUCAUGCUAUUUUUGAUGCCGUAUUCAUAGUAUUUUCGGCGAUUUUAAAAUUGAAAUAUUUUUCGUUUAAACUAACUUUGUGAAAUACGCAAAAUUGGAUUUUGGGAGCCGCUAGAAGAUUGGGUUUACAACCAGAUGGCGACUUUUACUCCAGUUCUGGUUAAAAAGGCCCAAAUUGUUAUAAUUUUUGAGUUUUGCUCGCAAAGGUCGUUGUAGGACCUAAUUUUUUCACUGACUUAAAAAUCCGACAUCGUGUUCUUCGUGAAAUCAUUUAAAACGGGAAAAGCGUCAAUUUUGAAAUCACGACAUGAAGAAACAUUUGUAAAAAGCUUUUACUUUUGCUAUUCAAUGAUGAAAAUGAUGAAAAAAAUUGCUCCCAGUUUUGGAAAUUUCGAUAUAUUCGUUAACUUUCUCCCAGAUGGCGAAAUUGGGUGGUCCGUGGCGUCUUCACUUUCAUAAUGGUCUCCAUGUUCUCCUUUUUGGUGAAUCGCGGCGCCACUUGGCUCAUGGCUUUGGUUCGUUUCUUCUUCUUUUUUUUUGUCAUAUUCGAAUAAGAUUAAAUAAAUAAAAAAAAAAGAAUCACUGAAAAAAAUGGCUUGAGCUAUAGAAAAAGGGUUCUGGCACGAUAAAUAAAGAAGAAAAGACAGUGUUUGGCAGGUGGAGAGCGCAGACAGGCCUUCGCGUUACAGCUAGACAUUUAUAGGCUAAGGCUGAACCUUGAAAAGAGAAUUUACAAAAUCAUGCAGAAAAGACAAAGUUUACAGGUGUUCCUGAUCCAGUUCAAAUGCUUCCAAGAGAUAAUCACAAUUGGCCUGGCUGUCUAUCGACUUUAUGAUUUCCCCUGGUUCCGAACCUUGUCCUGGUUUGUUUUUAACCCAAAAAGAUGAUAUGCUCUCUGAAAAGUGAAAAUUUUUUGAGUCUUGAAAGUCCUUUCAGAAAAAAAAGUGUUUUUUAACGUUUUGAGAGAUUUUUGGCUGGUUUUCUGAACUAUUUAAAGUUUAUAUCUAAUAUUUGACAUUUUUACAAGAUUUUUCACACACUUUAAGAAAAAAGCCUUUUUGAAACAAGCAUGUGCUUUUUGCAACUUUUUGAGACCUUUUUCGGGCAUAUUUUUUAAACUCUUCAAAAAAAACGUUUGACUUUGAAGGCUUUUUAAAAUCUUUAAAAACUUUUGUUUUAUUAACUUUCCGAGAAAUUGUUUGAGUUGGUGUUUUGAAUACUUUAUAGCCCGUUUUUAAAAUUGCCUUUAAAAAUUUCAUGUUUUAACCGGUGAAAAAAGCCUUUUUCAGGUAUUUCCUGGUGACGAGCAACUAUUUCUUCUUCGGCGAAAGUUUGAUCGAUUAUUGGGCCAUUUUGCUGCGAAAAGACGUCAGUUUUCACUUUCCAUUUAUAGUUUAUUUGAUGCUUUUUCAGAACUUUUUGAAUUUUCUGGUCACCUACCACAGGCUGAUCUCCUUCUUUUUGUACUGUAUCGGAUUCGUUUGGUUCGUUUUGUCCCUCCGUAAGGGAUACUACAUGCGCCAGUUCUCAUUGGUUCGUUCAAUUUACAUUUGAUUAAAUUAAACAAAAAAUCGUUUGAUUAUGACUCUAUAAAAAUUAAGGUGGUGUUGGUAAAGUUGAUUUUUAUUAUUUCAGUUCGCUUGGACGCAUAUUUCGCUUCUUCUGAUCGUCAGCCAGUCGUUCUUCAUCAUUCAGAACAUUUUUCAAGGCAUUAUUUGGUGAGCAGAAAAAAAUCCAUAAAUACUUUUUUUUAUUUCUACUUUUUUUUCGGGAGGGUCUUAAAUUUUCAAUUCGAAAAAUUUCGGAAAUUUUGAGGGCUUUUUGAAGAUUUAUUUAGUUUUUCAUCGUUUUAAACCAGAAAACUUCUUUUUUUCCUCAAAUUCAGGGUUGAACUGAUAAUGAUCCAACAAAAUUGGAUCAUUAUUUGUUUUAUCGUACAGGAUCUUACUGUGUUGAAUCUUCUUUAAGCGAUUUUUUUCAAAAAUUACAUCAUUUUCAUCGAUUUUUUUGGAGUAUUUUUUUUAUCUUCCUAACUUUUGAAAUUCAUUUUGAAGUCACUUUUGAGUGUUGUCGUCUUCUUUGGGUAGCUAUUUUUCUCUCUCUCUAGCAAGGAAGAUAAUUUUUCUUUGCAUUUAGAAACUCUCUAGAAUUUGCCCAGGCCACUUUUCGAUGUGCCAGAUGAAGAUCCUGAAAGUCUCCAACUUUCUAGUUUUUGAAAAACGAACCUGAAAGCUACAAAUAGCUCACAAAAGCUGUUCAAAUGAGCCAUUUUUGGGCUUUGAACACUUACUUCUUGAAAACAAAAAAGUUGUGCAGGUUAGGCCUCACGGGUUCUUCAUAUGAUACAAUGAGUGUUCUGGCUAAUUUCCAAAGAAAUUCCCAACCGCAAAGUGAAACGACCUUCCUUGUGAGGUAAAAAAAAAUGUACUGAAAAGAUAUUUUUCCCAGGUUCCUGGCGCCAGUUUCGAUGAUCAUUUGCUGCGACAUCAUGUCCUACUUUUUCGGCUUCUUCUUCGGAAAAACUCCCUUGAUCAAGCUGUCGCCCAAGAAAACGUGGGAAGGAUUCGUCGGCGGCGCCUUUUCCACUGUCGUUUUCGGCAUUUUGGUAUGGGUUUUUUUCAGUUAUCACUGGUUGAUUUUUUAAAAUUAAAUCGUUCAAGGUUUCCGAAAAAGACAGGUCUCAUUAGAUAAGUAGCCCUACUCCUCUACAUUUUGUGAAUUCAGCGAAUAAUUUCACUAAAAACAAGGCAAAGGACCCAAAUAUGAGUUUCAAGUUUUAAAUUUGGAAGAAUUGGCUCCGUUUGUUCGUCUAACCAACUUCAAUAUCCCUCUUUUUUUUUAAAAAUUUCAUUUAUUUCUCAAGAUUUUGCUUAAAAGGGACAAAAUGGCUGCUUUUUUCAAAAAAUGCGUUUUUUUUAAAUGUUAUUUUACACCAGAAGCGCAAUAACGGUCAAAAAUGAUUCAGAAAUACGAGAAAAAUCAAAGGAUAAUUUUUUGCGGGGACCUGGUUACGCUAAGAACUAACGUUCGCCAAAAAAAUUAUUGCUCAUUCGUCACAGGUCUUUCCCGUUUUUUCGUAUUCCAAAUGAGAUGUAAUUUGAUUUCCCCUUCGCUUCAAAACCUUCCUUGCUGUCUUUUUUGCGGUGGUUUGAAACAAAGACCAGCGAAAAUUCAAACGAUGACUUUUCCGACUUUUUUUUCCUUAUGUUUUUCGAUUUAUAAAUCAUCUAUUAACAUUAUUUUUUUCCUAUUUCUUUGUGUUUUAAUCAUGAACCAACUGGCUACUUUAUAUAGGAAGAUUUGAAACGAAGAGUUUAUCGAGAAAAAAAUUCGGAAAGGUGGCCGUCGGAAAGCUCCCUAGUCAUAUGAAAAUAACGAAAAAGGCGCCGUUUGAAUUUUCGCUGGUCUUUUUUUCAUACCACCUUUUUUGCAGUUUCGUAAAGCAAAAAUACAGAAAAGCUGUUUUUUUUUAACAUGUCAGCCUCGCGCGGAGCUCGUCAUAUCGCCCUCAUACAUGAAUGGGUAACUAGAGAGCUUAAUUUGUCCAGAAGGAGGGAUUGACUUGAAAAACUGAACCAAAAACCGGAUAAAAAUUAUAUCUAUGCUGAGGAAGGUGGCGUCAGCAACAAAAUACACAUACUUCAACCUCAUAGAGGUAGUCACACUUUAAAAUUCAAAAUAAUUCGAGGGGACGGUUGGCGACCUUCAAAAAUCAUUCGCCAACGUAUUCCUUCACUGAUAUUAAUUUAGAACAACCAUUUUUUCAGCUGGCCUUGUUCCUGGGCCACCGUCCGUUCUUCGUCUGCCCCGUGGAAGACUACUACAUCGACAACACGAAUUGCUCGAUUCCCCCCUCUUUCCAGCCCGAGAGCUACGCCGUCCCACGGCCUUUCUACUGGAUCUUCAAGAUUUUGAGGUUUCACCCCCAUUCGAUGAUUCAAAAUGAGCAUUUGAAUUGAAAGACGUGACCCGCACAUACAACUGUUUCCGUUCGUGUUCCACGCCAUCGUCAUGGCCCUUUUCGCGUCUCUUCUGGGUCCUUUCGGCGGUUUCUUCGCCAGUGGUUUCAAGAGGGCUUUCAAAAUCAAGGUUCGUGUUGGGUUUUCGAGAAUUUCUUGGGGAGGAUUUGAAAGUUUCAGGUAACUUUAAAUGAAUAUAAAAUUUAUAAAUUGAAUUGAAAUCAUAAUUUUUCAUUCGGUUAGUAUAAAUCAAAACAUGAAUUGAAAUCAGCGAAAUGCGGGAAUUUUUCAUCGUCUAAAAAUAUUCACAUUUUUUGAAAUUCGUAUUAACACUAGAAUGAAACAUUUUUUUCUGAUAUAUGCUGACGCAAUUUUGAAAAGUAUCGUUGAAAUUCUUUGAACUCCCUGAAUCCAAUUUUACCGUUUCUGUUGUUAUUCUUUGUGUUUUUUUCAAUUUUUUUAAUGCUAAUUUUUUUGUAUCUUACAAAAUUCGAACGAAAAAUUUGGCAACAGAUUUUUUGUCGAUUUCCUUUUUUAUCCGGAAAAAAGGUAUUUUCCACGUCUAGUUAUCGAUUUCCAGCAAAUACAACUUUUUUAAACGUUCUAACAUUUCGAUCCGCUCCAAAUAGUCGGCUGAAGCGGAAUUUAGAGUUGAAUAAAUGAAAUAUUUUUAAGAAAUUUAGAGGUUUUAGUUCAGAAGAUUGAUUUCCUCUUGAACACAACAAAAUAAGAACUUUUACUGUUUCACUUUUUCAUUUUAAAACUUUCAAAUUGAACUAGAAAUUUUAUGCCAAGAUUCAACGAACAAUUCUAAAAUAAAAAUGAGUUUUAGGACUUUGGUGACGUGAUCCCGGGACACGGCGGCCUGAUGGAUCGUUUCGAUUGUCAACUUCUGAUGGGAACUUUUGUCAACGUCUUCAUCCACACCUUCAUUCGGUGAUUAUUUACAGUUUUGUCAGAAAAAAUACGAAAAACCGCCUUUUUUGACCAAAACUUUCUUGUAUGAAGUUUAAUCUUUGCGGAACUUUCUGGAGUUGUAGUGACUGUUAUUUGAAACACUAUGGUGGUAUUUCAGUCCAAAAAAAGAAACGCAGCUUUGUAGAGCUUCUCGAAGUAAUAAUAGGCGUGAUUGGUCUCAGUUGAUUGAGUUCAAUGCUCUAUUGAAACCACAAAGUUGGAACACAUUUAUGAAUAGCCUUCAAGAUUUUUGAGGUCAUAAAGUUUGUAUAGUUUAAAAUCUGCAAAGUGUUACCGGAAUAAUCAAAACAACACAAAAAAUAAGAGAAAGCUAGAUAUUUGACGAUUUUUUCCACCUCCACAUGUUGAGCACACUUUUCAUUACGAUGGACUUUUUUAAUCUAAAAAAACGUUCCCAAAAUCGGUUUUUUUUUAAACUUUUUUUCACUGAAACAUUCAAGCUCUUCUUAUCUUCUUCUUCUUCUUACGCCUUUGUACCGCUUGAGCGGCGUCGGCGCCCCAAGUCGAUUAGCCGAGGUCCUAUCCUGAUGAUAAUCAGUGGACUGGCUCCAGUGACAUAUCCGUCCUUGUGUGUGACGGCUGGGGAUUUUGAAGUCGUGGUUUCCCACUACCAACAUUUCUUAAACCCCUUGGUUGGGUCGGGGCGGGGAUCGAACUUGUGACCCUGUGGACCGUAGACAGGCACACAACCUGUUGCGCUACGGCGCGCCCAUUCAAGCUCUUCUAAUACGAUUUUUAUUCAUUUUCGGAUUUUACUGAAUACUUUUCAGUGUGCCGAACCCAUCGAAGCUGGUGACGCAGAUCCUUUGGCUCGGCCCUGAAGACCAGUUGACCGUUUUCAACGCUCUCAGAGAGGAAUUGACCAAAUCUGGUCUUUUGCCCUGA